CCAGCUGCGGGGGGAGAGAGGGGGGACUUUGCUCUGGCAUUGAUUUAUGCUGUGUCUCUGCAGGGUGGAUGCAGCUCCCUGCACCCAGAAAGGAGAAAAUGUCCCCAGCAGGGCCGUGGAUUCUGGUCACACUGCUGAGUGCCUGCACGUGGACGACAGCUAGUGAAGGCUCCCUCCCAUUCCACAUGGACUCUGUUAUCCAUGUCCUGGAGGCUGUGGAGCCUGACUUGGGUGGGCAUAUCAACCUGACAGUGCCUGACCUGGCCCGGGGCCUGGGCUGCUGUGACAGCGACUUAGAGCAGCUCCUCCUUGGGGCAGCACCAGCCAUGCCCUUGGACCUACCCUCACUCACCCAGGAGCGCAGGGCUUUCCUCAGCAGCCUCCUGGUCCCCCCUGCUCCAGCCCUGGCCCUGGCCUCCUCUGUGCAGCACGGGGUGGUGCUGGUCCCGGAUGGCACCACAGUGGCCCUGAGCCCGCUGCUGGCCGGCAUUGAUGCGGGCCUGAAGAGGCGGCGUGAGAUGCCCCUGCCUCCCACAGCACUAGGCUCAGGGCCAGGGGUGGACUUGUCCCAUGCCUCAUCAGGCCCAGAGCUGCCCCGCACCAUUGAUGCCCUCUACGCUGUGACCAUCGCCAAGGCCCUGGGGCUGGCCUUCCUGCUGACCAGGCACAACAAGAGCAAGGCAGCCAUGGGGCCAGACGGCUGCUGGGACAAUGUGGCUGAGCCCCAGAACUUCACCCUGCUAGGGAGCCCCUCAGCCCUGCCUGACGCCAUCAUCAAUGGGGCACUGGACGGGGUGGUGCUGGGUGCAUGGCUGGCAGAGCGCACAGAGCCCCCUGCCCCCGUGAGUACCCUGCUAAGGGAGUACUAUGCUGCAGGGGACCUCACUGGGCCCGGCCAGGCCCGCAGCAACUUCCGGCGCCAGAACUUUGCAGCACUGAGCCCAACCAAGGCGCUGACAGGGCAGGUAGCCAGCGCUCUCCUGCUGCUCCAGACCCUGCCGCAGACACAAGCCCUCUUCCAGGGGGUGGGCACAGAGGAGCUGCUUGGGCUCGCCCACAAGGCUGCACAGGAGUUCACAGUCACCUACCUGGAGUGCCCAGCCAUCAUCCCCCGUUGUAUGUGGGAAGCCAGACCCUACAAGGGUGAACCCCAGCAGCUCCACCUGCCACUGGGCUUUCUGUACAUCCACCAUACCUACAUACCCAGCCAGCCCUGCCGUAGCUUCCCCGAGUGCGCUGCCAACAUGCGGGCCAUGCAGCGCUUCCACCAAGAUGACCAUGGUUGGAACGACAUUGGCUACAACUUUGUGGUCGGAUCAGAUGGGUACCUGUACCAAGGCCGAGGCUGGCACUGGGUGGGUGCUCACACCAGAGGCUACAACAACAAGGGCUACGGGGUGAGCUACAUUGGGGACUACUCGACCACCCUGCCGGAACCCUUCACUCUGGCACUGGUACGCAACAGGUUCCUGCGCUGUGCUGUGGCUGGUGCCCGGCUCCAGGCCAACUACACUGUGCAUGGGCACCGGCAGAUGGGGCACACCAAAUGCCCCGGCGAUGCCCUCUUCCAGGAGAUUGAGACCUGGCAUGGCUUCAAGUGAGUCCCCUGCCAGACCAGGCUGGAGCCCAGCUGUGCUUUGGACAUACCCAGCAGGACCAAGCCCAGCCAGGCAGGAGGGAGAGGCUGUGCUGGUGGGUGCAGACAGGCACAGUGAAGCUGAGGCUGUCAGGGAUGGAGGCCAAGCCCGGUGGCUGCUGCACAUCUUUGAUCUGCCCUGGAACAUCAGGCAAUAAAGAUGGGGAUGGGGGCACAUCG